UAGUGAGCGUCAUGUCUACGUAAUUUCACGGUGGCUGUAAACAGGUUACGAGCUCCGUAUGUUAACCAUUGUGUCUGAACUUUCUGUAUUUAAAUGUUGCUUCGAAGUUAUACAUGAAUGUAUCUGGGCGUAUGAUCGAGUAUUUAUAAAACUGUGUUGUGUGUAUAUUUGUUAGGGUCGCGUUUCUUGGUGACGACGUCACCUUGUUGUUGUUCCGGUGGAUUGAAGAUGGCGGCCCGCUGGAGCAGUGAGAAUGUUGUGGUGGAGUUCAGAGAUUCUCAGGCCACCGCGAUGUCUGUGGACUGCCUUGGCCGCCAUGCUGUUCUCUCUGGGCGGCGCUUUUUGUAUGUAGUGAACCUUGAAACCCCCUCGGAGGCCCCCCGGAAGAUAGGGCGCCAGAGCAAGUGGGAUGUGGGGACAGUGCAGUGGAACCCCCAUGAGUCAGGGGCUUACCUCUUUGCUGCCUCUAGUAACCAGCGUGUGGACCUGUACAAGUGGUGUGACGGUGCCGGGGAGAUUCACACGUCCCUGCAAGGGCACACACGGGUCAUCAGUGACUUGGACUGGUCCUGGUUUGAGCCAGAGUUUCUUGUCACCAGCUCUGUAGACACAUACAUUUAUAUCUGGGAUACCAGAGAUACACGGAAGCCUACAGUUGCCCUGUCUGCUGUGGCGGGGGCCUCCCAGGUGAAGUGGAACAAGCGAAACCAAUAUUGUCUGGCCUCCAGUCAUGAUGGAGAUGUGCGCAUCUGGGACAAGAGGAAACCCAACACAGCUGUGGAAUAUGUGGCAGCGCAUCUGUCUAAAAUACAUGGCCUGGACUGGCAUCCUGACAAUGAGUUCAUCCUGGCUACUUCCAGCCAGGACAACUCAGUGCGGUUCUGGGACUACAGACAACCACGGAAAUACCUGAACAUUCUGUCCUGCCAGGUCCCAGUGUGGAAGGCACGAUACACUCCCUUCUCCAAUGGACUGGUGACAGUCAUGGUACCCCAGUUGCGGCGAGAGAACUCCCUGCUGCUUUGGAGUGCCCUGGACCUCAACAAUCCAGUCCAUGCCUUCGUGGGCCACGACGACGUUGUGCUGGAGUUCCAGUGGCGCCGGCAGAAGGAGGGUUCCAAGGACUACCAACUGGUUACCUGGUCCAGGGAUCAGACACUGAGAAUAUGGCGUGUGGAUCCACAGCUACAGAAGCUAUGUGCCAAUGACAUUGUGGAGGGGGUGGAAGAGCUGAUAGAGGGGAUGACCCUGACCCCAGAUUCAGAGAAGACCCUGCACUCCCAAGACCCGGAACCCCAGCAGGCCCCAGGAUUCACUGCGGAAGACCCCGAAGAUCAACAAGAAGACCAACAGUCUGGCCUGAUUUCCAGCAGCAAACAGGAGCCUACAGGUCUCCCCCAGACCUUGCAGCAGGAGUUCUCCUUGGUCAACCUGCAGAUCCGCAAUGUUAAUGUUGAGAUGGAUGCUGUGAACCGAAGUUGUUUUGUGUCCGCUCACUGUGGUACCAACCGGGUCCGGCUAGUGGUCAAGUUCCCAGCACAGUACCCCAACAAUGCCGCACCCUCCUUCCAGUUUGUUAGCCCUACCACCAUCCAGUCCUCCAUGAAGACCAAGAUUCAGAAGAUCCUGACUGACACAUCUCUGCAGAAAGUGAAAAGGAAUCAGAACUGUCUGGAGCCAUGUGUGAGGCAGCUGGUGUCCUGUCUGGAGUCCUGCAUGACUCAGGAGGACAGUGCUGCUGCCAGUCCUUACGUUUUAUCAAACCCAGUGACUCCAACUCUGCCAGCCUUCCCCCGUGUCACCAACACAUACGGCUCUUACCAGGACGCCAACAUCCCCUUCCCACGCACCUCAGGAGCGCGGUUUUGUGGGACUGGCUGCCUGGUGUAUUUCACCCGGCCCGUCACCAUGCAUCGCUCCGUUUCCCCUACUGAGCCUACUCCCAGGUCGCUCUCAGCACUGUCUGCCUACCACAGUGGGGUGAUGACCCCAAUGAAGAUGCGCAGUGAGUCUCAGAGCACUCUCCGGCUGUACAGCGGCAGCCCCACACGCACAGACAAGGAGCAAGUUUCCAUCUCCUCCUUCUACUACAAGGAGCGGCAUCCACUGUCUGGCUCCCGCCGCUGGUCCGUUCAGACCAUUCACGACUGCCCGAAAUCGCGUCGCUGGAAGGGCAAGCGUGAAGGAAGUGACUCCAGUAACCGGCCGAUCAAGCUGGCAGGCAAAGUGAUCAUCCAGGAGAUCUCCUGCCUGCUGCCUGUUCACAAAAUUCUGGGGGAGACCUACAUCCUGAAUGUGAAUGACAUCCAGGACACGUGUCAAAGAAACGCAACCGCAGCACUCGCUGUGGGCCGCAGGGACUUGGCCAAGGUAUGGGCAUUGGCUUCUGCUGCCACAGGCUGCGACCUGAGCCCCAACUCUGACCCUGACGCUGGCACUCCCUGGGCCAGACACCCUUUUGGUAGACACCUUCUGGAGACACUGCUGGAUCACUACAGUAAGAUGAGUGACAUUCAGACGUUAGCCAUGUUGUGCAGCAUUUUUGAGGCCCAGUGCAGCCCCCAGGACUAUUUCUCUCUGUUCGGACACCACCCUCACCGAUCCACUGUCUUCACCCCACACCACUCUCGCUUUCCCAGCUACACCUCUGGUUCCGUCACGUCUGGCUCCUGUUCCAGCACCUCAGACUCCGGAGCAAACACAACUGCCUGGAGCAUUGUAGGUCGGGACCCUGACCACAAUGCCCCCUGGGGAGAGUCUUCUCCAGAUGAUUACCGCUAUGGAAACCAAGUAUACACAGACCCCCGAGAGCGGGAGAAGGAGCAGCAUGACAUGAAUAAACGGCUGCUUGACCCUGCAAAUAUCCUGCAGUUCGAUGACUUUAAGAAGUGCUACGGUGAGAUUUUGCACCGCUGGGGGCUGCGAGAGAAGCGGGCUGAGGUGCUGAAGUUUGCCUCCUGUCCUCCAGAGCCACACAAGGGUGUUGAGUUCGGAGUGUAUUGCAGUCACUGCCGUAGUGAAGUGCGGGGAACUCAGUGCGCUGUGUGCAAGCGCCUCACCUUCCAGUGUGCCAUCUGCCAUGUGGCUGUGCGUGGCUCUUCCAACUUCUGCUUGAGCUGUGGCCACGGCGGGCACACCAGCCACAUGAUGGAGUGGUUCCGUGCCCAGGAGGUGUGCCCAGCUGGCUGUGGCUGCCACUGCCUCCUGCAAAGCACGUUCUGAUCAGUGCAGUAUUCUAGGAUAGAGCUGAUAUCCUGACACUUAACCUAGGCAUAAGUCUUCACUUGGAGGUAAUGAAUGUUACAUGUGAAGGAGAGCACUUCAAGGUUGUAUCUUUCUGACAUUUUCCCUCACUUACAGGUGAUAGACCAUGAGUCAAGGGGAAAAAAGCUUACCUAUUUAUUUUUUUCCAUCUUCCAUUUGUGUUUUAUUUGUUAAUGAAUGCAGUUUGUCUUGAUAAGGAGCCUUUCUGCUAGGCCUUUACAUGAAGACUUGAAGUAAAAUUGACACCAUUAUCCUGGAAGAAUCAUCUAGUAUAAUGGGAGAAUAGCCUACUACUUCCAUCAGUAAUGUUCAGUUAUUGAGUAAGAGAAUCUUUUUAAGGACUAAUGCUUCCUCUUUGUAUUUGUUAUUUUUAUGAAAAUUGAAUUCAAUGUGAACAGACAAAAUUGUAUACAUAGU